AAUAAAAAAUAACAAAGAUUUAUUUACAUUUUGUGUUUUGUGCAAAAAGUUUAUUGUUGCUAAAAAUUCUUAAUAAAAAAGAAAGAAAACAAAAAAAUAUCUAAAAAGACUUAACUGAAGAUAAACCUGUAAUUUUUCUUUAAUAAUAACAAAUAAAAUUUAAUCAUAGCACCACAAUUGUAACCAAAUGACUGUUAUAAACGAUAUAAAACCCUUAAGUGGGUGUGGCAGUGUUGCCAAUACGUCUGAUUGUGGUACUGGUGUUUUAGGCAUUAAUUGCUGUUCCACUGCUGCCAGUUCGGAAAUAUCCAUAGAUCAAACUACUUCCAGUUCAUCAAAUUCGAAUUCGAAUUCAUCGACAAAAGUUAAUAAUUUAUCAGACAAUUUAUAUGAUGAUAAUUUUUCACGUUGCAAAAAAGUGGAUAUCGAAUUUGAGAAGGUUAAAUAUACAGUUAGUAAAUUUUCAUUUUCUGAAGCUAAAUUUGUAACAAAAGAAAUUCUUCAUAGUAUUAAUGGAGCUUUUCGUUCCGGUGAAUUAACAGCAAUUAUGGGACCAUCAGGUUCCGGUAAAAGUACUCUACUAAAUGUUAUGAGUGGCUUUAGUUCUACUGGUGUCAACGGCACCAUACGGGUCAAUGGCAAAGUGGUGUCUACCAACUCUCAAAAAUAUCGUGAAUUAUCCUGUUAUAUACAUCAGGAUGAUUUGUUAAGACCCCAAUUAACUGUGGGUGAAAUAAUGAUGCUUGCCGCCCAUUUAAAAUUGGGCUUUAAGAUCUCUAAACAGAAAAAAUUAAAUUUAGUCAAACAUAUUCUAUCGCUGCUGGGUUUGGAUCAUCGUUUCAAUGUCUUUACAGCAAAGCUGUCGGGUGCAAAGAAACGUUUAGCUAUUGCUUUGGAAUUAAUAAAUCCACCGGUACUAUAUUUGGAUGAACCCGACAACGUGAGUAUUAUUAUUGGUUUGGACAGUUCAUCGUGUAGUCAAUGUAUAGGACUGUUAAAGAAAUUAGCAGCCCAGGGUCACACUAUUGUUUGUACCAUACAUCAACCUUCUGCUUUGGUAUUUGAAAUGUUUGAUAAACUUUAUACAGUUGUCGAAGGUCACUGUAUGUAUCAGGGUCCGGUGAGAGAAUUAAUACCUUUUCUAGCUGAUCAGAAUCUAAUGUGUCCCAGUUAUCAUAAUCCUGCCGAUUUUUUACUAGAAGUGGCUGUCGGUGAUUAUGAACGUGAUCUAGAGAAAUUAAUUAAUGCUGCAAAUAAAAAGUAUUUUGAAGAUGCUGAUUCUCAACUAAAUCAUGUUACCGCGGCUUUUAUCCAGGUUUGCAAUUGCCAAACCUUCGACUAUGUUAAACCCUCAGCCGAGGAGCUGGCCUUAGAAGAAACGAAGGCUCUUAAUACCAUGGACAUUAAUGUUGAUGAACAACAGCAACAAGAGCCUAUGCAACAACAGCAGCAGCCACAAGCAACAAAGUCAUUAAUUGACAUUGACAGUAAAAAUGUGGCGAAAGCCUCAUUCUUCAUGCAAUAUCUUUUACUAUUAAAACGGAUUUUGAUAUGUUCAAAACGUAAUUAUUUUCUGCUCAUGGCUCGUAUAUCACAUUUGUUUAUUGGUCUCAUAUUCGGUUACCUGUAUAAAAAUGUCGGUGAAAAAGCCACUACAGUAUUGGGCAAUUAUGUCUAUUUGUAUGGUACUAUACUGCUGCUGGUCUAUACGGGCAAAAUGGCCGUUGUUCUAACUUUUCCCUUAGAAAUUGGUAUGUUAUCACGCGAACAUUUCAAUCGUUGGUAUAGUUUGGGCCCUUACUUUCUAUCUCUGUUAUCAUUCGAAAUACCAUUUCAGAGUUUAUGUGCUGUAGGCUACAUGUCCAUUAGCAUUUAUCUGACCAACAAUGACAGUGAUGAAAGCUUCCGUGUCUACUAUUUCGUAAUGUUUGGUAUAUUAGCUACAUUAAGUGCCCAAUCAUGGGGCUUCUUUGUGGGUGCUACAUUGCCAACAAAAUUGGCCGUUUUCCUGGGUCCUAUAUUAGCUGUGAUGUUCUCAAUUUUCGGUUUCUGUUCACGUUAUAUCGAUAUAACACCCAUAUUCCGUUGGAUGUGGCAUAUAAGUUAUUUCAGAGCUGGUUUUCAUGGUGCCUUAAAUGCCAUCUAUGGCAUGGAACGACCAUUUUUACCUUGUCCGGAAAAUACCAUGUAUUGUCAUUUCCGUAGUCCCAAGGUCUUCCUUAACUAUAUGAUGAUAUCGGAUGUGAAUAUGGCUCAUAGUGUCAUAUUGAUGGUAUCGAUUAUUGGUGUCAUGCACAUCUUGACAAUAUUACGUUUAUGGCAUAAAUUAAAUAAACGUUAAAUGUUGAAGAGUUCAAAGUUUUAAAUUUAAGACACAAAAUGAAGAGAGAAAUUUCAAUAAUUGUAAAUAAUUCAUAAAAAAAAACUUUCUUUAGUAUUUAUUAUUUUCUCAUUAAUUUUUGUUUAAAAAAUUUACUUUAAAAUCAUGUCAAACCAUUUCACAUUCCAUUAUAUAGUUUAACAAUUAUUGGCUUUAGGGUUUAGUUUAUUUAAGCAAUUCCUUUUUAUAUAACAAGUAUUUUAUUGUUUUUUUAUAUGUACGUAUGUAUUUUUUAAUUUUUUAUUAAUUGUUUUCGUUUAUUAGACAUUUAUACCAAAUACUAGUGUUUAGCUUUUUUUUAAAGAACAAAAACGUAUCACUUACACUAUUUUAAUCUCAAUUAAAAAUUUAAAUUUUAUUUGUUUGUUUCAACUGAGAAAAAAUUAACAGAUCUUGCCAAAAAUGAACAUUUAACUAGAUAAUUCGAAUUUUCCAAAUUUAUUCCUAUACGAAGUAAUUAUUAUUAUAAUUUUUUUUUUUUUUUUAAUGUAAAUUUUUAUUGUUUAGACAUUUAUUUAUGAAAAAUUUAUUAUUUAGGAUAAUUAAAUGCGAUAUGUUUUUUUGUAUAAUUACUAAAAGAAACGGUGAUAAAAUAAAUUACAAACCAUAAAUUAUUAAGGUAAAAGUUUCA